UAACUGAUGCAUCAGCUCCGUUUAAAGUAUCUAUGGUCAUAUUUACGCUGAAAGACACAACUGGCUUUCGCUUUCUAAAGCUAAGCUAGGUUGUGGUUGGUGAGUUCAUGGUAUUAGCCACCAGGGGCAGUAAACAUCAUAGCUAACACUUCUCUUUUGAAAUGCUCUCGUUUUUCAUGCUCGUGCGAAAGUCACUAGUAUCUAUGGAAUUGAUAACCAACGGAAUGGCAGCUUAACCCUUGCUGAACGAGCUGGAUAUUUGAAAGUGCGGAUAUAUCAAUAACAUUUGUAACACACCUUUCCACAGAACAGAUGCCUGUCAGGUUAAACAAAAAGGAAAAGGUUAACAUUGUGGCCAACAAUAUUGUUGCUAGGCUAAACCUUAUGCGAUAGUACUUGCUAGCUAGCUAACGUUAGCCAGCCAUCAAGCUUUCCCUACGUGCUGCGGGUCUAUCGAUCCAGUAAUAUAUAACGCUAACGUUAGCUAGCUUAUACUAUUUUAGCUACUGCAGCAAUAAAUGACUUCGAAUCAUAUUUAAGAGAAGAUAUAUGUAUAUAUAGUAUCCGUUUGGGCGUUACGUAGCUCCAUUGUAUAUAUUGGCUGGCUAGCUAGGUUACCUAGCUAGAGAACACGCGACGCUUUUUUGUUUGUUUGGAUUGUAAAUUUGUAUUUCCUGUUUUGGCUAGGCUAGCUGCACAUUUUAAACCAGAGAUGCAUUUUGAUCAUUGACAGAAGUAACACUCAGAAUAUACGAGAAGUGGGAGUUUACACACCCUAUUACUAAUAGCAAAUAUUAAACGUUAAUAUGUUAGUCAGUAAACGAUUCCAACUGCCUUUGCAGCCAGUAAAUCAUGCUUGGAUUUUCUUGUGCACAUCGUUCGAGGUGUGGGAUCAAGCCAGGUUGAAUGCAUUAUCGGCAUCACUGUACACUGGGAAUCUCGUUCUACACGAAGAUACACACCAACGUUCUCUUUAAUCACCAAAUCUGCUCUUUCGUUCUGUUAUACCGCGCAAAAUGAACCCAGUGAACGCUACCGCGCUGUAUGUGUCUGCGUGUCGUGCAGUGCUUCAGUGUGAUCCACAAGCCCCAGAAUCUUACGGAGAUCUGUUUAACGUCUUGCCUUUCUUCAGAGACUCCCUCUCCUGUCUUGUCUGUGGCAAUUUGCUCCACGAUCCUUUGGUCUCAUGCAGUUCUGCUUGCCAGCACUGUGUCUGCAGAGACUGUAAAGGCAAAAUGCUAAAGCUGAAGCCACCAUGCAGCUGCUGCAGGAACCCCCAGCAGUUUGAAGAGAACAAGCAGCUCAAGGUUCUAGUGGACUGCUACAGAAGUCUGUGCGAAUACAUUGCAGCAUUCACAACAGCUGAACAGACAGCAUCACGAGUCAGAGGCUAUGACGAAGUAAUGUGCAUGUUGGAUGAGGUGCUGGGUGUGAAAGAGGAGCACAUGGAGUCUGGUGUGUUGGAAGAGCCCAGGAUAAUUUUCCCACAGCAGGGCUGUCCUACAGACAGUCCUCAGCCUAAAACAUUGGCAAGCUGCCUAAGACAGACUGAUUCCAGUGGUGUGUCUUCGGGCCAGCACAUGAAAGGUGUGCCCUCUUUCAAGAAUGAGAAGUCUGAAUUAGUCUCAUGCAGUCCAGAAGCAACCCCUGGCAGUGGUGAUCUGGCUACACCACAGCAAACAUCAAACAUCUCAGAUGGCAGCAUGAGACAGGCUGCUACCACCAGCCCUGUCCUCCCCAGUAAGGAGGAGGUUCUUGGCAGCCUGAAGUCCAGUUGUGCAAAGGCCAAGUCGCAAGCAUUCGUCAGUGUGAGCUGCAUCGCAGCCCAGUUGUGUGAGCAGGACUCCCAGAGUGUGACCAGUGGCGCCCUGCCGCUUGCUCACCCACAGCAGCCUCAGACGGGCAUCACCUGCCUGGCCCCAGCUCACAGGAAGGUACGGCUGUGCCGGAAGCGCUCGCGAUCAGAGAGUGACAGCGAGAUGCUGCAGCCUCUGCCCAUUGCCUGCUUCAUGCAGAAACCCUGCGUGGCUGCCACCGUGCCUCCACAGGUAGCGACUGUACCCCGAGAGCAGUGUCCACCCAUGUCAGUGCCCAACGGUGGAGUUCUGGAGGCCAGCAGGACACUGCUGGACUCCACUAAGAACAUUCAGAAGAACACAGAUGUUGGCACUAAAAAGGUGCCAUCAAAGUCUAAAUUUGGAGCCCCUAAGGCCAAGGUUAAGGCCAAGGACAGGGUUGUGCCUGGGAAUCCUACCAAAGUGGUGUACAAAAAGUCCCAAGAAAAGAAAGGCUGCAAGUGUGGCAGAGCCACUCAGAACCCAAGUGUCCUUACCUGCAGGGGCCAGCGUUGUCCAUGCUACUCCAACCGUAAGGCCUGCCAAGACUGCAUCUGCCGCGGUUGCCAGAACUCCUACAUGGCAAACGGUGAGAAAAAGCUGGAGGCGUUUGCUGUGCCGGAGAAAGCCCUGGAGCAGACCCGGCUGACACUGGGCAUCAACCUCACCAGCAUUUCAGUGAUGAGUGCUGGCAGUGCGGCAGGUGUACUCAGCCUGUCAGCAGCCUCACCCAUGGCAUCCUUCCUUUCCGGCAGCCCAGAGAAGGAAGCCAACUUUAAAGAGCCCAUUGAAAUGCAUUUUUAGUGUUAAAGGCUGUCCCUACUGAAACAGUGUCUGUCUUAUACAGGAUGGGGGUAGCAAUUGGGCAGCUAUGGUCAUGUCCAUAUUCCGCUUAACUGAUUUUGAUUUUUCCAACCUUUCAUUUGUCAGGCUGUUGUAGCCUGUAACUGUCAUACUCACAACUGUACUGUACUGAGCAUGUGAAGGUGGUUGCUAAUUGCAUUCUUUUAUUCAUUCUUGUUUUUAAAUUUUGAACAAGUGUGAAAAGGAAUGAACUUUUUUUUUUCUCCAGGUGGCAGUCAAAAAAGUGGUUGUUAGUUGUAUUAUUAGACAUUAAUUCUCUUGAUCUGUUUCAGUGAUUUUAUAGUGAUGAUAAAACAGUUUAAAAAGCCAGUAUUUUUGUUUGGCCAGGAGUCCAACAGUUUUCAUAAAUUCAUAACUACUCCCCAGUAUCUAGUCAUACUGCCAUUUAAAGAUUUUUUUAAUCAUUUAAUAAUUGAACACUUAAUCACUAGGAGAGUAACAAUCUGUUUUUAGAAAAUUCUUAAUACCUGCAGGUUUUUAGAAUUAAGACUAUCAAAUGUUUUUUUGUUUGUUUCAUAAAAAGAAGUGAUGACAUUCACUGGUUUUCCAGCUGGUUUGUCUGUCAUGGGUAAAUUUUACUGUGAAAAAAUGUAGGAUGCAAAAAGUUAUCUGAAAUCUAGCACUUAUACUCAGUAAAGCCAGUUCUGUCAGUCUCCAGAACUGUUGGGAUAAAGUCAGAUUUACUGCAGAAAAUGCAAAAGAGCAAUACAAUUAUUUACCUUAAAAAUGGUCAGAUUUCAUAUUAUAAAAUGACCCUAUUCCGGUAAAUGUACCCUGGUUAUUAAUGUAAUGAGGAGAAAGAAAUUUUUUCUGUAUAAUGUAAGGGGUUUGAACAUAAGGAACAUCAAUCCUAAUGAUGUUCCAAACCCAGGGGGUUGUCAGGUAGCAAAUACAUGGCCAUGUGUUCUGGAAUUGUCACAUAGAGGACAUAAGGCCUUUUGUUCCAGAUUUCCAGGAAGUUAAUAGUUGGAGCCUUCACGUAGAGAAGACAUGGUCUUGUGUUGUAUAAUCCUCCUCCAUUGUCAGCUUUAUGUCUAUUGACAGCAAAUCGUAUGAUAAGCUAAUUCAUGGCAGACUCCUCUCUGUGACAUGAUGGUUGAGCUGGUUUGAACCACCUCACCACAUUGCCAGCAUGAUGUCACAAAUGCCUGAAUGCAGGCAAAUGUAGGAAUGUAGACACACUUUAUGGUUGCAAAUACUGGAGUAUUCAUUUUGCUGUUUUGUUGCCAGUGAAUAUUUCUCAGAUGCUUAUUUUUAAGCAAUACAUGAAUCACAAUCAAUGCUAGUGUGAUUUAUGAUUAAAAAUCUCUUUUUUUUUCUCCUCAAGUUUGAGUAUUUAAACCUGUUUGGACAUAAGCACCUUGAUCACCUCACUAUAUUGAAGUUUGUUCACUCUGAUCAUGUCCUGCAGUUGCAAUUCCUGUUCAGUGACCAGAUGCUGAGAUGUUACUGUUACACUGUGCUGUUCAGUAUUAUACAUAGACAGGGUAGGUUAAGUCUCAACCUUAUGUAUGAAACACUAUCAGUAGUGCUUUGACCAAAUAUUGAAAAUAUUCUUUUAGGUAGAUCUUAGGCCACUAUAAAACACAGUUAGUUAGGAAACUAGCAUUGUUUCAUUCUUCUUUUACUUUUUUGUUUGGUCAUUACUUGAACUCAUUACUUGAUUUUUUUCUAAUUACAUGGAACCUGAUGUUCAUUUAUUCACUGCCACCUUUAUUGAAAAUUAUGGAAUGCUCCAAAAAUAAAUUAUAGUUUUUUAUUUCUUGUUUUUCAA